GCGUCCCUGCCGUGGACCUGGACAGGUCGGCAGGCGGGCGCGCGCCGGAGGCUGGCGGGGCAGGUGAGUGGCGGGGGCGCGCGGGCGCGCGGGACUGGUCUGGCCGAGCUGCCUCCUGCUCCGAGGCAGGCGCACUCUGCGUGUGCUCAGAGGCACGCUCGUGGCCCGAAGAGGUUGGCCGGAGAGCCCCACGCCAGCCAAGGCUUGCAGCCUGACAGGUGCCUUUUCCGACGGGGCUCGGAGCGAGGAUGGAGCCCCCCCACACACACCCCCGCCGCCACCUCCUGCUUGCCGGGGCUCCGCUUUUGGAGAGCUGAAGGCCAGCCUAGAGGGUCCCCCAAAUCAGACCCCUUGGGUGUGUGCAAUGCAUGGGACUCCAGGGAGGGAGGGAGAAGGGAAGCGGGAGGAGCUCCGCUUUGCAAGGGUGAAAAGGAUCAGCUCAGAAGGCCAGGCAAGAGGGUCCUAAAAAUAGCAAAUUAUUAUUAUUAUCAGGGCUCACCAGGGUCACCUAGUCCAACCUCCCGCAAGGUAGAACUAUUUUGCCCAACCUGGGGCUCGAACCCACGACGCUGAGAUGAUCGAGCCUCGCGCUUGACCCGCCCCUCUUUGGCUUUAUCUCAGGGUGUCUGCAGUGCGCUUGGCUCCUCCUGCGAUCCUGAGAUAAAAAGAAGGUGAGCCUUGCAAGGGUUAAAAGGAACCGAGCUGCAAUUCCUAGAGACGACGGGAAAUAAGGGGGGGGGGAGGCCGAGGUCCUCCCGAAGGAGAAGGAAAGCGCUUCCCACAUUCCCAGCUUUCUCCCUGAAAGGGGGUGGCUUUCGUCUCCUCUGCAAGACCUGCGCCACUGGCACCUUUGGGAUCUGGUAAGUCUCCUCUCUCUUCCCCAUAGGGCGCAUUGGGGGUCCCAGGGCUGCAGGGCAGGGUGCAUGGGGUGCCUGUCCAGGACCCCCAAGUCAGGGUUCUGCACCCUUCCUUCUCUACAAAGCCAGGGAGGGGGCGAGGGGGCAGGAGCUCCGCAGCUCUCCUCUUCCCUUGGAUGGAGACGCUGCUUGGCCCCUUUGGGGAGGGGUCACUGAGCCAGGGAGAAAAGGGCCUGCAAAGGGACCCCAAUGGGAUUGAGGAAUCGGUCACAUUUAUUAACCGAGGUCGCACCCAGAUGGAAACCUUUGGACGCUGAAACUUGGUCUGUAUGGUGAACAAAUAAACAAAGUCCAUGCAUCUCACAGUGCGCAGUUAGACCCAUGGAACUCCCUGCCACAGGAGGAAGGGCUGGUCACCAAGCAAGAGGGUUUUCAAAGAGGAUGAGGCCAAUCAGGGAGGAGCAGGGGGCUAUUGACAACAAUAACAACAACAAAACGAUUUAUCAACAACAACAACAACAACAACAAAUUAUUGUUUAUGUGCCACCCAUCUGGCUGGGAAGCCACUCUGGGCAGCUUCCGACAAAAGAUUAAAAAUACAUUAAAACAUCAGUCAUGAAAAACUUCCCUAAACAGGGCUGCCUUCAGAUGUCUUCUAAAAGUCAGAUAGUUGUUUCUUUCCUUGACAUCUGCUGGGAGGGUGUUCCACAGGGCAGGUGCCACCACCGAGAAGGCCCUCUGCCUGGUUCCCUGUAACUUGGCUUCUCGCAGGGAGGGAACCGCCAGAAGGCCCUCGGAGCUGGACCUCAGUGUCUGGGCAGAACGAUGGGGGUGGAGACGCUCCUUCAGGUAUACAGGACCGAGGCCGUUUAGGGUUUUCAAGGUCAGCACCAACACUUUGAAUUGUGCUUGGAAACGUCCUGGCCAUGCUGGCCAUGCUCUGCUUCCACAGCCAGAGACAGCCAUGCUUCUGAAGGCCAGCUACUGGGAAGCGCAGGGGAGAGUUGCCCUAGGUCUUCAGUCCUGCUGGUGGGCUUCCCAGAAGAGGCCCCUGGUUGGCCCCAGUAAGAACAGGAGACCAAAUGGAAAGCAGAGCGCAACCUGGUGGUAACAGAAUAAAUGAUGCAAGGAGGGAGCUGCAUGGACUGGGUGGACACAGAGGAACAGCGAGAGGAACCAGCUGGGGGACCCCAAGGGAAGGUGGCUGUGGGCCAGGGGAGGGAGCAGACUGGGAAAAUGCGUCUGAAGCUGAAGAGAUAACAGGGCUUAGUGAGUGGGGAGAGUCUGUGGCAGAGAGCAGUCCAGACAGAGGCAGAAGCUGCAGCAGGAAAGUGGGAAAAGGGAGGCAAUGUUAGAAACCCAGAUAUAUAAGCUAGGGGCCAAAUGGCUCCUUAAGCCAAGGUUGCCAUUUUGGAGCAAGACAGCUCUCAAGUCUUAUUUUUCAAAUGAUGGACUGACUGUGAUUGAUUCUCAGUUAAACAUCCUGCUAGUUCAGAUGACCUUGAGUUGGAUUAAGAGUUUUGAGAACUUAAGAAGAAAAGUCCCUUGAUCCAGGGGCAGUCCACAGAUAUAUUGGCCUGUUCCAAACUCUCUUUCUUAAUGGUGACAUGGACCAUUCAUGACGUAGGGAUAUUCUUCACAACCGUGAACAGGGCAGUCGGGUAGGCAAAGACAAGUGAAAACAAUUCACUAUAAUGUUGUUUGCUGCUCCUGCUCAGAGUGCACAGAAAAAGCAUUUUGGUUCCAGGAAUUCAUUCUGCAUGUGCCAAUAAAAUAUAGCUGAUGGCAUUCUACAGGAUGGGGUAUUAGUGCGUGAAAACAGUCCAGAUCCAAUGAUACCCAGAUGGUGGAGAUGCCAGCUGCUAUCCUGGCACCCAGGCAGCUUCACUUGGUGUCGCUCAGAGUCUGAGUUGUGGUGCAGUCCAGCCCUGGUCCCAAGCAAGACUCACCCACGCUUGCCCAGGGAUCAUUUCUCUUCUCCUUAAAGUAAAGGUAAAGGGACCCCUGACCAUUAGGUCCAGUCAUGGCCGACUCUGGGGUUGCGGCGCUCAUCUCGCUUUAUUGGCCGAGGGAGCCGGCGUACAGCAUCUGGGUCACAUGGCCAGCAGGUCUAAGCCGCUUCUGGCGAACCAGAGCAGCGCACGAAAACACCAUUUACCUUCCCGCCGGAGCGGUACUGAUAUAUCUACUUGCAAUUUUUUGUGUGCUUUUGAACUGCUAGGUUGGCAGGAGCAGGGACCGAGCAACGGGAGCUCACCCCGUCACAAGGAUUCGAACCGCCGACCUUCUGGGAAGUCAAGGAGGAGGAGGCUAAGUCGGCCAUGAUUAAAUGGACCCAAUAUCUAGGUCACACCAUACAGAUGUCCCAAUGGGAGAAUUUGUGGAAGGUAAAUUGGAGGUUUACCGCCUGUUGUUCCAUAAGGGAAAAUAUGCAAAAAAUGUUAUACUGGUGUUACCUGACGCCGCACAAACUCUCCAAGAUGUAUAAAAAUACACCAGAUGUAUGUUGGAGAUUCGGGGAAGCAGGAGGCACCAUGAUUCAUAUAUGGUGGCCAUGCCAGAAGAUCAAAGAGUUCUGGAACGACAUUCACUCAGAACUAAAAAUAAUGUUAAAGGUCGAUUUCCCUAAAAAAACAGAAACAUUUCUUCUGAGCAUUACAGGCACAGAUAUCACCAAGGGUCUAAGGAAUUUUUUUUUGUACGUAACCACGGCCGCGAGGGUGACUAUUGCAAUAUAUUGGAAAAAUUACAAACUUCCUACCAGAAAAAACUGGUUACUCAAACUUACAGACUAUGUGGAAUUAGCCUCUCUUUCUGAAGGAAUUAGAGAAAAACCCAGACAGGAGUUCAUUCUAGGAUGGGAUAAUUUUAAGAACUACUUGAAAAAUAGUUGUAAUAUAAACAUGCUAGUUGCCUUUGAAUGAUUUCUGUAAAUAGUAUAUAUAAAGGAAAAUGAUAUCAAAAUAGAAAAGAGAAUUUUUACAAAUAAUAACAAUAAAUUUAAUAUAAUAUAAAGGGAAAUACGGAGAAAAUGGGAGGUAAAAUGUAUGUGUAGAAAAUACAUAGUUAAAAUUGUAUUUGAAUUUCUUUUUCUUUUUCUAUUUUUUUUAUACUUUUUUCUUUCUAUUUUUUUUGGUGAACCUAGAUAUCUUUAUCGGACUGACUGAAAUGAAGAUAAUUAUGUGUUGUAUAUAUAUGGAAAAUAAUAAACAAAGCAAUUAAUAGAAAAAAAUACAGCAGGCACCUCUCAUUAUGACUGGCAGAAGGCCAAAGGAUUCUUCCGAUCUCCUGGAGGUGUCCUGAGAACAGAGAUGGAUGAGCAAGACUCAGCUGGCCCUGAAGCAGGAAGAGGCCAUGCCAUGGAAAUGGGGAGCAGUGGGGAAUUCUGGGAAAACUCUGUGAAGAAGAACCCAGGUGAGGAGGACACCCCUUGCUCAGAGGUACAGAGCCAGCAGCUCAGUCAGUUCUGCUACCAGGAGGCCAAAGGACCCCGAGAGGUUUGCAGCCAACUCUACCACCUUUGCUAUCAAUGGCUGAAGCCAGAAAGGCACACGAAAGCUGAGAUGCUGGACCUGGUGAUCUUGGAGCAGUUCCUGGCUGUCCUUCCUCUGGAGAUGGAGAGCUGGGUGAGGGAAUGUGGAGCGGAGACCAGUUCCCAGGCGGUGGCCCUGGCCGAAGGUUUCCUCCUGAGUCAGGCAGAGGAGAGGAAGCAGGCAGAGCAGCAGGUGAGAGAGACUUUCCUCUGGAUACUCCCAAGGGGCUCCUAAGAGGAGGGAGAGUAUUCCCAAAUCAAUUCCUAAUGGCCCAUCCUUUUUUGGAAAGCAUCUAAGGAAGGGCCAUUCCAUUUCUAAUCCUUCUCCUCAUGCUCUGUUUUGAAUGCUUUUCGCUGUUUCAGGGGAAAGAACUGUUUGCAGAAAUGGGUCUGGAUUUCUCUGAGGCAGAACCGACUCCGUUGGAUACCCGAGAGAGGCCACUGGGUAAGGAGGAAUGAGUUUUUUCUCCAUUUUGUCACAUGUUGUAGAUUUUGAAAGAAAUCUGUGAGUACUUUUCAUCUUUUGGAGAAGAUACUUGGGGUGAAAAAUUCAGAGAAAAGGAGAUAUGUUUUUGCACAACUAAAAUGUGAAAUGGGUACAAACAUCCUAAAGGGGUACUUUUUUGAAGGCCCAUCCAUAGUUUCCCCUCUGAGAGAAGCAGGCACUCGUGACCUUUGUCUCUCGUAGGUGACAGGACGAUGCCAGCAAGACCUGCUCAACCAUCUCCUCACGAUGGCGGAGGAGAAGCAGCAGCUGGGAAACCAGAUCAGGUAGGAGGAAGGAGCCUUGUGGGGAAAGAGGAUGUCAUGGACUGGUUGGACACAGAGGAAUGGUGGGAGGAACUGCCAAGGAACGAAGGCUAGGGCCAAGCGAGGGGUGGUGGGACGAUGAUGAGGGGUCAGAGGGAGAAAAGGAAGGAGACUGGGAGGAGGAGGUGUCAGAAGCUGGAGAGGCAACAGGACUUCGUGAGCAGAGGGAGUCUGUGGCAGAGAGCAGUCCAGACUCAGAGGCAGAAGAGGAAGCAGGAGAGAGGGAUGAGGAAGGCAGAGAGGGGUCUGGCUUGUGUAGAGGCAAGGGGUCUCCCCAUCCUCCUGCAGCAAGCUCUCCUCCCUGCUUGACUCCCACAACCCGGAGAGCCAAGAAGCAGGAGGAGCAGUCUCAGAUUGCUUAUGGAGUAUUAUGGAAAGGAAGGGACUUAGCUGGGAGAAAGUGGGGCCUUUUGUCUCUGCAGCUGUCUCCUAAUGGCAAGACCUACGGAGAAAAGUAGGUCAUUAGGCCUGGCAAUCCUACAAAGAUCCUAUCUUUUUCUAAUUAAGAGUUAAAAUCACCCGUUCUGUGUAGGCAGAGAGGUGGGGCAACCAGGCUGCCUCUAGCAUGAACACAUCUCUCUCCUCCUCCUGGCUUCCCUCAAAGAGGACCUAAACAAAGGCUGAAAUGCUAUUUGGGGAGGUUUAUGUGCUGAGAAUAAGGAACAGCAGCGUCCCCUUAACGCACCUUCUGAAUGUCGCUAGGAUUGUUUUGUGGGAUGUGAAACAGAAGAGCAGUCAAGUACAACAUUCCUAGAGUGAACAUGUUUACACAUGAGGAGGAAUGUUUGUCCAGCCAGCAGGUAAACUUCCUGUUUCCUUCUGGUCUGUGACAGACUUCCUCCUCAUGUGACUAGAGGUGGGCGUGGCCUCACCUGUGCAGGUAACAACAAAAGCACAGGGCAGGGCAGCCAUCUCUCUCUCUUUGACUACAUGCAUCGAAGAAGCAACAUCUGCUUAGCCAAGAGAGGACAAAGGGACUGUCUCCUUAUGAGAUAGUUUCCAGGUAUAUGUUACUUUUCUAAGCAAAGUCUGCCUUCUGGGAUCCUAUUGUGAACAGAAUGUGAGUAAACUCUUUUUACGGUUUUAUAGAACACUGUGUCAUGUCUUAUCUUUUAUGAGGGAAAAAGGGGAAAAUACCAGAACAGUUACAGAGGCUUUAGCGAGCCUGAGCAAACGCAUCCGCUGUGAGUUUAAAAAGGGGAAUGUUACUUCUAAAUUGUGAACUUGUUUACACAAGUUGGAAAGGCUAUAAUCAAACAAUAUAUCCUCUCCUGCAUCCCUGAACAUUCCCACAUGUUUAUAAGUCAUUACAGUUUCAUUUCUAGAUUGAAUGUUAAAAUAGGCUUCUAAGCGUUUUCACACUGUAUCAAACCAUGACCAGGGCACACCUAACCAGCGCCAUCAUUCACACAAAGGGGCUUCCCCCCCCCCAUCCUCCUCAUUCCCCCAUUCACCUCUUGAACUUGCUCUUAGGGCAUCGGGAGGGCCUCCUGACCCCCAGAACAGCACACAGGGAAAUGGGAUCCUUGCAUAGGAUUGCUUGCACAAAGAGAAUGAUUUGAAGAACACCAGGUUCUUAAUAGCUCACAUUAAAAUACACAAUGAAUUAUUCCAUUAACACAUUGAAAUAUUUAUCCAUAAUUAAAAUGUGCAACAAAACAAACCCAUUAAAAAAGAACAGCAGUUAAGAGGCAGAAAAUAACAGAGUAAAGUGUAACUCUUGACCUUGAUGUUGUCUAAGAGGACAACCUUUUUCUUUUAGGGCCCAGUGUACUUUAAAGAUGUGGCUGUCCAUUUCACAGACGAGGAGUGGGCGUUGCUGGAUCCUGACCAGAGAGCUCUGCAUAAGGAAGUCAUGGAGGAGAAUCGUGGGAUCUUGGACUCUUUAGGUAAGGCCUCCUAUUGGAUCAUCCUAUCUGCUUUGAAAUUGAACACAUCUCUCUAUGGGAGGAACCUCUGAUAUUUCAAUGGGGCUCAACAGCAAGCCUUGGAUGAAAGACUAUUGACUGCUUUCCCUGUGAAUAUUCUUCCUCCAGUUCUGCCUUUUCAAACCAUGAUCAGGCUCCUCUGAACUGCCCAGGCCUUCUUCAAUGUAGGCCUCAGAGUGAUUUAGGAUGUAGAAGUAGCUUUUCCUAGGUUCCUUGUUAUUGUUCUUGCUUCUUUGUGUUUUUGAUUGACCAAAGAUAGAUUGACAUUGGAGAUGACACAGAUUCCAUGAUUAGGCCAAACAGAAUCCAUCCCAGAAAAGAGCCAGACCUUUUGAAUUGCAGACAGUAAACUAUGUAGGAAGACUUCACAUCUAACUCCCUAUAGUUCUUCCUGGGUCACAAGCAUUAUUUAUCAUUGCUCCAUAAUUUGCGGCUCUAAUCCAUUUCUCUCUCAGUUGCAGGUGGUGAUGAAUUGGAAAUGAAGAACAAGGGAGACCACAACAAAAUCCACACAGUGGAGGAGCCAUAUCAGGAUUCAGACUGUGGAGAGAGCUUCAGUCAGAGCUCCCGUUCCACUUCCCAUCAAAUAAAUCCCAUCAGGAAGAAACCCUAUCAGUGCUUGGAGUGUGGAAAGAGCUUCCUUCACAGCUUCAGUCUGACUGUCCAUCAAAGAAAUCAUACAGGGGAGAAACCCUAUCAUUGCUUGGAGUGUGGAAAGAGUUUCAGUCGAAAGGACAGUUUCACUUCCCAUCAAAGAAUUCAUACAGGGGAGAAACCUUAUCAGUGCUUGGAAUGUGGAAAGAGCUUCAUUCAAAAAGGCCAGUUCAUGGCCCAUCAAAGAAUUCAUACGGGAGAGAAACCCUAUCACUGCUUGGAAUGUGGAAAGAGCUUCAUUCACAGACGCAAGCUUACUGUCCAUCAAAUAAUUCACACAGGGCAGAAACCCCAUCAGUGCUUGGAAUGUGGAAAGAGCUUCAUACACAAAGGCCAGCUCACUGUCCAUCAAAGAAUUCAUACAGGGGAGAAACCAUAUAAGUGUUCAGAAUGUGGAAAGAGCUUCAUUCACAGAAGCCACCUCACUGACCAUGAAAAAAUUCAUACAGGGGAGAAAAAAUAUAAGUGCUUGGAAUGUGGAAAGAGCUUCAUUCAAAGAGGCCAGCUCAUGGCCCAUCAAACAAUUCAUACAGGAGAGAAACCUUAUCAGUGCCAAGAGUGUGGGAGGAGCUUCAGAAAAAAGGACAGUUUCACUUCCCAUCAGAGAAUUCAUACAGGGGAGAAACCCUAUCAGUGCUUGGAAUGUGGAAAGAGAUUCAUUCACAAACGCCAGCUCACUGUCCAUGAGAGAAUUCAUACUGGGAAGAAACCCUAUCAGUGUUCAGAAUGUGGAAAGAGCUUCAUUCACAAGUGCCAGCUCACUGUCCAUCAAAGAAUUCAUACGGGGGAGAAACCAUAUCAGUGCUUGGAAUGUGGAAAGAGUUUCAGUGACAACCACCAGCUUACUGUCCAUCAAAGAAUUCACACAGGAGAGAAACCAUAUCAGUGCUUGGAAUGUGGAAAUAGCUUUGUUGUCAGAAGCCAACUUACUGUCCAUCAAAUAAUUCAUUCAGGGGAGAAACCUUAUCAGUGCUCAGAAUGUGGAAAGAGCUUCAUUCACAGACGCCAGCUCACUGUCCAUCAAAGAAUUCAUACAGGGGAGAAGCCAUAUCAGUGCUUAGAAUGUGGAAAGAGCUUCAAUCAGACGGCAUCUCUCACUUCCCAUCAAAGAAUUCAUUCAGGAGAAAAGCCCUAUCAGUGUGUGGAAUGUGGGAAGAGCUUCAGUCAGAGCAGCCAUCUCACUUCCCACCAAAGAAUUCAUACAGGGGACAAGCCAUAUCAGUGCUUGGAAUGUGGAAGGAGCUUCAGUCAGAGCAGCCAUCUCUCUUCCCAUCAAAGAAUUCACAAAAGUGAGAGACCAUUUCGGUGCCAAGUGUAUGGAAAGACUUUCAGCCACAGGGCCCGUCUUGCUUCCCAUCAAAGAACUCACAGUGGGAGCGAACUACAGUAGUGGCUGUGUACAGAUUUAAUUGGAGGAGACUUUAGUUCGUAUGAGGUAAUGGUUGCAGCCGGGUUCUUUGCCACAUCUGGUGCCCCAUAGUAAUUCCUACCACGUACCCAGAACUGUGACUUGAAAGUCCUUCGCCAAGGUGUUGAAUUCCUUCUUCAUGUCAUGCCUGGGGAGAGGGAUAACAGUGAUUGGGUGACACUGAUGAGGUUGCUGUCCAUGCUGAUCUUUCCUUGGAAGGAGUUGGUGUAAAAUUUGAGAUAGUUGAUUGAAUUAGAUAUUAAUGAUUUUAAUUUUGUUUGAAGUGUCCUAGUUAAUUGCAUUUAACAUUUUAGAUAGAAUGUAUGAGUCUUGAUUUGUAUGCCUGCAUUUUGUAACCCUCAUUCCACCCUCCUGAACUAUGUAAAGCUGUGAUGUGUAUGUUCCCUACACCUUGCAGCCUUUUCUGACCCCAGAAGGGCAGGUGAUGUUUUGGGAAAGAGAGAAAGGGAGAAGUGUUGAGCUAGCAUCUCCUUAGCCUGGUUGCUUGGAACAUUGUUGAAGUGAGACAUAUGAGACCCAAAUACAAUAGAAAUAGAAAUACUUUAUUGUCACUUGUGCAACUUAUAUACAGUGAGAUUACACAAGCACACACACACCCCACUCAGCUCUCUUAGUCUUAAUUCCCACCCACCAAACCCGAAAGUCAGUUGCCCUGUUUUUAUCUUUUCAUUCAGCAGCCUAACAGCCUAACAAAUGGCCUGGGAACUGUGGGAGUCGAUAUUCGCAUUAAGCCACACGUCCCAUGAUCUGAGACCUUUCUUGAUGCAAGUGGAAGAGUGUUGUGGCAUUUUAUGAGUCUUUGUGUGCUGUGUAUAUUAGCUUUCUUCUAAUGUGCCUCCUGGAAGCCUUUUCGAACUAGCCGCUCUGCUGAACAACUGGUUAGCAAGGCUGUCCUAUUGCAAUAGUUUGAAUAAACUGGGUCCCGACCUUCCCCAAGAAACCAGAGGCCUUUCUCCUGGGCAUAGUCGGCCAAAUGGUGUUAAAAAAGGAUAGAACUUUCUUUAUGUAUGCAACAACAGCAGCAAGAAUACUCAUUGCAAAGUAUUGGCAGACACAAGAACUUCCCACGCUGGAGGAAUGGCAGAUGAAACUGAUGGACUAUAUGGAACUGGCGGAAAUGACUGGCAGAAUCCGUGACCAGGGAGAAGAGUCGGUGGAGGAAGAUUGGAAGAAAUUUAAAGAUUAUCUACAGAAACACUGCAAAAUUAAAGAAUGUUAGAGUGAUGUUGGAUUGAAAAUAAGUGGUUUCCAGCUGUACAGGAUAAAGUUAUAGAUAGACUAAGAUUAAAGAUUAGGAUUAAAGAAGUUUAAGGAAAUGGAAAUUUGGUACUUAAGAGGUAAAAUUUUAAUGCUAUAUUACAUUAAGAUUAAAGAUUGGGAUUAAAAAAGUGGAAAAGAAAUUGCUGGACGAACAAUUUGGACUGGAAUACAAAAGAGGGAGGUAUGAGGAGGUCCAGAAAAUAAGUAAACUUAAAAACGGAAAUGAAAAGGUGAUAUUGUUUUUAAUUGUUCUGUUUCUUUUUUUUUGUUUGUUUUCUGUUUUCUGUGUUUUUCUUCUUUUUUUGGAUUAUGUACUGUGUAUUUGUGUAUUUCUUUUUUAUGUUUUUCUGUUUAACUUUUUACUGAAACCUUAAUAAAAAUCAUUAAAAAAAUAAAAAUGAAUAAACUGGGUCCCAACAAAAUUGCUCUC